AUGGUGCGCGGAAGGGCUAGAGACAGCAAUGUAGCUGACCUGCAAGCGCUCGCCCAGCAAGUGGAGAACACCGAGCUUACUGCAGAAGACAUCGAGAAAACGCUCAUUCCUGAGAGUAAGAGGCAACACAAGUACACAAUCAAGCUAUGGAUAGAGUUCUCGGAGAAGGUCCUGGGUAUAUAUCUACAGGAAGACGCACCCUUUCCAGAGCCUCCACCAGCAAACCACAUCGCGCUAUUUCUUACCUGGUAUACUCGUACAAGCGUCGGGUUGAUUAACGAGAAGAUCAACGACACAACGAUCAAAAACCGUCUUCGAUGUCUUGAACGAGCCAUUCGACUAUUUACCAACCACGGUUACAGUAGAGCCGACAACAGCCAGUUUACACAACUUAUUAAGAACGAUCUUCUUCGAACCGAAGGGUUGUCGACAAAGGCGUACGAUAAGCCUCUAGCACCUGUGAAUGUGAGCGAGGACCUCAUUCGCUUUUUGUGGGCAUGCGAUGAAUACCAGUUUCAACAUCCUCGCGCACGUCUCCAGCUUGCCUUCUCCAUUGUGAUGAUGACCCUGAUGGGAAUGCGCCCUGGGGAGUUUAUUGAAUCAUCGAACUGGAAAGACUCGAAUGAAGGAUUGCUUUAUCGCGAUGUGAAGCUGCUUUGGGAUGAAGAUGAAGGAAAGUUCGUGCUACAUGUACAUCUACGGAACCGUAAAGGCCACAGGCAUAACCAUAAGCAGGGCUCAAAGGUAUUUCUCGACGAGGACAAGGGAAAUCGCGCGAUGUGUCCGGUCACAUACUUCCUGGCGCUUGCACUAGCGGAUAGCAUCUUUGAAGGCUACAAAACACUUUUCGAUAUCCAGUCUAACAUGCCGUCCCCUGGCAGUUCCAUUCGCGAAUUUCCUUAUCGUGCGCAUGCAGAGAAUCUGCCAAUAUUUACGGUGUUACGAACCAGACAGAUCGAUUUCACCGACAAGAAUACUAAGCUACUUUGGCUUCCAUUGGAUGAUUCGAAGCUUGGGUGA